GUUCUGUUAGCUUACGGGUUGUAAAAAAGUAGAAGAUAAAAAUUCACUGUGUUUUCAAAUAUAUUUAAUUUUAUUAGGUUGAAAUGAUUUUUUUUCUUAAAUCGUUAAAUAUUUUGUAUAACCAAUAGGAUUAUUUAAAAACUGAAACAAACAUAUAAUAAUGAGCGUUAUUGGCAAACAAUUAAAUGCUCUACAAUCAACUAAUAAAUCAAACUCGGUUGAGAAUGAUAAAAUAAUACAUAUUUGUUCUAUUACUCCAGAAAAUGUCUUAUCACUUAAUAAAAUAAGCGAAGAUUACUUAUGCUCCCCUAGUGCAAACAUAUAUGACAUUGAUUUUACUCGUUUUAAAAUUCGUGAUAUGGAAAGUGGUGCAGUUCUUUUUGAAAUAGCAAAACCACCAAGUGAACAGUUUAACGACAGUAAUGUAGAUUCAAUGACAGCAGCGGCCGAAGAACUUAGUUUGGAGGAGGGCUCGGAUCCAAAUGCUGGGAGAUAUGUUCGCUAUCAAUUUACCCCAGCAUUUCUUAAUCUAAAAACUGUUGGUGCAACUGUUGAAUUUACUGUGGGAAGCAACCCCGUAAACAACUUUAGAAUGAUUGAACGCCAUUUCUUCCGAGACAGAUUGUUAAAGACGUUUGAUUUUGAGUUUGGAUAUUGUAUGCCACAUUCUAAAAAUAGUUGUGAACAUAUAUACGAAUUUCCAAUUCUUCCACCAGAUCUUAUUUCAGAAAUGAUAUCCAGUCCAUUUGAAACACGUUCAGAUAGUUUUUACUUCGUUGAUAAUCGACUAGUGAUGCACAACAAAGCAGACUAUGCUUACGACGGUGGAAGACCAGUUUAAAAUUGAUGUGAGGCGUUCACUAUGUUUUGAAUUCUAUAUUUUCGAGAAAUAUUCAAAUCAGAGCUUUUUCAAUAAAACUAAACUUAAAAAAGUAUGUACUCAUCAAAGAUUUUUGCAAGUUUUCGGUAAUGGUGCUUAUGAAUAUCACUAAUUUCAUAGACAAAAUUUUUGAAAUGAAGACUAACAUUGCACAAUGUAUGAUGACUGAAGUAUUAAAUGACAAAUUUUUGCACUUUGGAAACAAAUUAAAAUUGUUUUUAUUUAGUACCUAGCUUUUGGGAAUGUACAUACAUAUGUAUCUGUCAAGGACAUAAAAGUUAUAAGUUUUAUCAUAUAAUUCUUAAAUAGUAACUAUUUCAGUUCAA